AUGCCAUCUUUUGGCAGGCUUCAAGCAGCGCUGGCUUCUGCGACAAAUGAGUUGACUCUUGCAGCAGCGAACAUCAAUUUUGACUUCACACUAGUUAGAUGUGAAGUGCCGAAAGAAUUCGAACCUCUAGGAAAUGCUCUAUCCCAAACUCGAAAGGAAAAUGCAGAAGGCGGGACAGCGCACAUAACUGCCCGCAGGCUCGGUGUGCUUUUCGAGGGCAUACUUGGACCAACACCUGCUCUUGUCAAAUCAUAUGGUACCCGGGUCUCUGAGAUCGCCCAAGCUGUCCAGAAGGAGAACCCACCUGAGAUAGAGGAGAGCAUCUUUGCAGCCCAUGCAGGGGCAGAUGGUACAUCCAUCUGGGCUGCAGCAACAUCGUCCCCAACUGCAUUGCAUGUGCAGCUUCUGGCCUGUAUGCUGGCUCGUCUCUGGUCAGCUUCGGAGGCGACAUCAAUAUGGGUCGAGCUUAUUAAGGAAAGGAGGAAACAGAUCGAGAGCAUGUGGAAUGAUGAUGAACCUCUUCGAUUCGCCACUGUUGCUGCCGCAGCUCAGUCAGACAUAUCUCGCGCUAGCCUAGCUGAGUGGGACGCAAGUGUCCGCUCUUGGCUCCGAACAGCAGACCGAUUCAACCAGGAGCGGCAAGACAAGCUGAUGAUCCUUCUUGAUAAGGUCAACCUGCCAAUCAGUCAUGACACAGUCUACUCUAGUGUCAUAGCAGCUUGGAAGUCAGCUGUGGAAACAAUGGAGAGGCUCGUCAAGGGAAUGCCCCAGGCAGUCAAUGAAGGCUCAUGCCUCCUCGCCCUAAGUGCCUGGCACCUGUAUCCAGAUAUCACUGUUGAGGGAUCAGAUAUGCCGCCUCUCCAAUUCUCAGAUCCGCUUGUCCAGUCCGGUGGGUUCCUGACCCUUGGGCUCGCUCGCCCACGCGAAGGUGACGCCCAUGGUGUUUUCUGGUCCUUAUCGCUGGCGCAUCUGAACUUUUACGGUCGCCCCGUCUCCAGGAAGGCUAGGUUUGACACUGAGUCUCGCAAGCUAUCAUUUGGCCAGUUCACUCAGGCCGUUUACGGUUCGCUAUUGGGACACUGGAAUCUCAUAGGGCCUUUGGCACAAUACCCAUCUGGUAUCUUUGUUGCGAUGAAACAGACGAUAGAACGACAGGUAUCUGCUGACACGCCUGGAGCGGUGGCCAAGGCGUCACGAGAUCCUUCUUCCGCCAUCAAUAUUCUCUCGAAAUUAGGCGCCGCUCACCUAGACGCAGAGCCGUUCCCAGAUGAUAUUAUCCACAAGCUCAUUGCUUUGGGCAACAAACGAGCGUCUAAGUUCAUUCCAUCCACGGGACCGAGGCCGUUCCUUGGACUUGGCGAUGUCGGAGAUCUUCUGAGUAAACUCAAAGGUCCAAUGGAGAGGGUUGCCUUACUUCGCAGGCUAGCUCUCUCCAGUGAUUAUGAUCCUGAUGUAUUCAUCAUCCGGUACUUUGACGAGGAAAGGGCGUCAUUUACUCCAGCUGGAGAGGAACAGCAUUGUGCGUUUGCCAGUGCACAAGCCCGCCGCAAUCCAGAUGGUGUCUCAUCAACACAUGGCCAAUGGGUUCCCAGAUCAUUUAUGGAUAAGUAUCAAUACCAGGGAGAAGUGGUUACUGAAAUGACCACCGAAUACUCUCAACGCCUGGCCAUGCAGGACAAAGCCAUCACGAUGACAGCGAUAGGCCCGACCGGAGAGGUAGUCUUGCAGAACUUCCAUUUUGUCUGUGGUGCAGCCAGUGCCGCCAUUUUCAUGCAGGAAACAGCAAUUGAACGCUGUGCAAUGGGUGUAAUCCCUCGCGCUGCCAUAAGGCCUUUAAGUAUAGAAGAUAUCAAAUGGUGUUUGGACUCUGACUUCUGCGAACCAGCAAAGCUGCUUGAUAUUUUCCAUACCGACCCGGCACCUUCAAUGUUGACCUUGAGAGCACUUACCAUAGCUCAUAAGGUUUACCAAACGCUUCCAGACGCGGCCAUAUCUACUCGUUCUUUAGAGUCACCUUUAUAUCAAGCCAAAUGGGCCAGUUCUGUACUAGAUCUAAGGGCAAACCUAGAUCCCGUCCGCAACAUCAACUCUCACUAUCAACGACUAAGCCUGAGCCUCACUAGUUCACUAUCGUGUGUGGCAUAUUUAGAAGGUGGAUUUGACUUGGAGCCAGAAAACCUAGAGCGAACUUUCGCUCUUGCUUUCGAAGAAAGUAUCUACUUCUCCAUGAAGGCAUGA